AUGCUGUCGCGACUGCACCUCCGACGGCCACCUUCUACGCCGUCGUCUCCCGUGCCCGGCCAAGUGAGCUCCUUGGAGUUGGACACAGCAUCCCAGACCCCGAUCGUUCCCGAUGGCCGACCACAGUCAGCCAAAUCAGCCAGCUCCUCACACCUUCCUUCUACCUUGGCGACGGUCCCGAAAUCGAUACCGAAUGUUAGCGACAAUGGAGGCAUCAGUGCAACAGCUUCAGUCAGUGGGAUGCCUUUACAGGUGUACCGCUCCGCCGGAAGUUCGGCUUCUAGUCAACCUUCGGAGAGUCACAAGUCGCGAACAGGAAAGCCGGCCCCGCCGCCCAUCGACACAACCGCCGCUACUCGGGCGUCCUUGGCCACGAGGCUUAGUAAGAUCUCGUCCUUCGUGACCCCAACCGACCUCAACAGCAGUGGCCCCUUCGGCAAGCGUCCCGCGGGGAAGCGGAUGGCCAGCGAGCCGGCUGUUAAAGCUACCACUACCCCGGAAUCCGCAAAAUCCAAAAAGUCUUUGCCCUUCCUCAAGAAACACUCGGUGUCCAACUUGUGGAUGAGGAGGAAGACGGCGCAAAACCCACCGGAUCUGCCGCCCUUGUCUUCCGUACCUGAGCCCACCUACGACCCGCGUAUCCGGGGUACGAAAGUCCACGACUUCAGUGCGCCCAGAGCCAAGCGGACGACAUCGCAGAAUGAGGCUGUUGUCAGUCCCGUGAAAGGGUCACCAAGUGAAGAUGCCACGUCCAAAUCACCCGCAGCGGACCCGGGUACUGGCAGCACGUUGGUGGGCACGUCACAGUCCCUGGUUCCUGGCCCUAAUGACGUUGCCGUGUCCUCUCCGUCGGUGGCGCAGGACUUGGAACUGACCAGGGUCAUCAGCGAUGUGCCAUCAAUACCUCAAGAUAGCUUACCAUCACCGACUUUGGACAAACCUUCGCCCGAGGAACAGGACGCGCGGCCACCGGUACAACUCAGGGAUGACCCCGUUCCGGUCCUGGGUCCUUCGUCUUCGGUGGCAUCUCAGGAUACUCUGGCCGGAACGACAGCCGGCCCCAACGCCAAUGCUUCCGUCCGGACCGCGAGAUCUCGAAACCUAUCUAAGCGAUCCAUGCGAGACUCUACCCUGUCAGGCAUCCCGAAACACAUGAAGAGCACGUCGUCUCGAUUCAGUUUCGACAUGAUGGGGUCGGCUGAUGAGGAGAAGGCGUUGGAAGAACGACAUCGGCAGCGUCAACGGGAAAAGGGAGGCGGUGCCACAAGUGCGCUUAGGCAAGAACAGGACUCCAGGUUUGACGACCUGGAAGAGGAAGAUUUCGACUAUGACGCCAUGAUGGACGACGAUGGUCUAGAAGAGCCCAUUCCUGGAGUGAAUGCGGAUUACGAGGAUGAUUAUGGGGAAGAGCCGAUUCCGGGGGUUAACGCCGACUACGAUGAGGAACCCAUUCCCGGGGUUAACGCCGACUACGCUGAUCUAGAGGAGCCAAUCCCUGGUGUCAAUGCCGACUAUGAAGAACUUCCUGAGGAGGGUGAAGACGACGACGACUACGAUCCGGAUACCGACCCAGACAAUGACCAAGAGAACUUUGCUGGGUUUGAGUUUCAGCGAUCGAACAAGAGCUCAGGCCCAAUCACUCCCCAUAGUCCUGUCGUUGCCUCAACGCCCAGCAACGAGACCGACCAGCCCGUCGCUUCAUCGGUAACGGAGAACAGUACUCCCGAUUUACCAGAAUGUGCCGCAGUCCCUGGCCAGGCUGCUCCCGCACCAACUCUUCCGAUACCACAGCAAUCAUCAAGCCCCGAAACUGCUCGCGCACUAAUUGCUCCCCAACCUGUUCCUAUCGGGAUGCCACCGACCAACCCCACUCGCAGAGAGGAUGAUAACGACAUCUACUUUGAUAAUGGCUUGGCGGAUGAACUAGACUUUCAGGGCGAUGGCACCCAUUUUGAUGAGAACCUCUUCGAUCUCGACGACACCGAUCAAUAUGGCCGCCCGAUCCCAGGUGCUUUUGCCAGGGCGGCUGAGCAGGCGCGGGCUCGGCAACUGGCUCAACUAGCGGAGUCCAAUGCCGCAGCUGCCACUGGUGUCGACCCGGUGCAGUCAACGGUUGCCGGUUCCAUGCAUGCCCUGUCGACGGGAGAUGAUCUUUCUCCUAUCCAGCUCCCUCAAAUGCCUACUCAGGCCAUGCAACAAAUGUCGAUAUCUGGUCUCGACAUGGCAUACCAGGCUGCCCUCGCGGAAGCAGCACAAAGAGCAGCAGAAUCCGGCAAGUUCCGGCGAAGUUCGUCACCUGCUAUACCCGAGGAGCCUACCGUCACAUCACCCACCGAUUCGGCCCAGUCGCGAGACUUUGUACAGCAAAACGAGCUGGACGACUACGAGAACGACGACGAUGGUUUUGGCAACGGCCUAGAUGACUACGAAUUUGACGACGAGGACAUCAUUGCCGAAGCGAACGCUAGUGCCUUAGCGAACGACCAAGAAGGCUGGUACGGUCAAGAAUUCGGCUUCUACUCUGCUCCCAUGGCCCAAGCAGGUUACGGCCACGGCAGCUCAUCCUCCUCUAGCCGGAAUAAUACCGAAAACGAGAACCCCUUUCAGUAUUCUUACGGUGGCUACUUCGGCCCCGCAGGCGAGGGCGUCUUUCGCUCCAAGAGUGGCCGCGUCGUCUGUCGCGAGCCUACCCUGACACCUAUCACCGAAACGUCCGAGUACUCUAACCGUAACUCCAUCAUGAGCCUUAACCUUCCGCCAUCCAUCGAUGCUCGCAACUCGACAUCUCUGCAAAGUCCUACCCUGGCCCAGUUGGCCCUCAUGGAUGAUGAUGAGUUCGACUCGAUUAACAAGCUGCGCAAAAAGACGUGGGCAAGCUCUCAAGCCAGCAUCAUGAGUUCCCGCGAGGGAAGUCCCCGGGCAGAAAAGGCACCGCAACCGCAACUGCAACCGCAACUUAUUGACCCGGCUGCUCCUGGUUCGCCAUUUGCUACCACGACCGGUGGCCAUUUCGGGGCUGGUGUCCUUGGUUCUUCAUAUGAUCCUAAAAGAAGCCCCUACUCGAUGUUGAGCAGUUCGGUGCCGGGGAAUGAGCAGGGACGGUCAAUCAGUCCUACGCUUACGAAUAAGAUUCAAGCGGUUACUAUGCCUAUGGCGCCUGUUCAGGGGUUUGUGGCUCCUAAUUCUAAUGAGAUGGGACUGGGAUUGGGAGUGGGAGUGGGAGUGUCGCAGCAACCUUCGCUUCUUGGGCCGCCUGUUAUGAUGACCAUGUCACCGGUGGGAGUAGGAUUGGGAGCUGCACAAGGCUGUCCUCCCGUUGAUGAGGAAAGCGAGGAGUAUGAGACCGCGGGGGCCUCGGGACUGGGAGUGAUGUCGAGUAAUUCUCAUAGUUCCCAGAAGCCGACGCAGCUUCAAGAAAAUGCUGGGAUUAAUGGUAAUGUUACCGGUGGGGUGACAUAUGAUGAUCCUUCUUCUUUGGGGAGAAGGACUUCUAAGAAGAUGGUUGGGUGGGCUUGA